UUCAUCGAUCCCUUUUAAAAGCUCUUUAAUACGCCCAUGCCUUCGGAACGAAGCAAAACAAAGUCAGCUGUUUUUGUCAAAGUUUGCUGUUGCUCUUAAAAUGCUGCGAAAUUCGGUUCUUGCAAUCGGCAAGCUGAGGCAAUCGCUGGCAUGUUCUCUAUUGCGAAAUUCCACCGGAAGCAGCUCAGCGACUUCCUUGGAUGCCGGCACCCAGAAGGAAGUGCGGCACCAUGAAAAUCACGCCUCCGAGUGGUGGAAUCAAAAUGGAACCAUGGGUGCUCUGCACGCCCUGAAUGAGAUUCGGGUUCCUUUUAUACGAGAUGGCAUCGUUUCACGCGGCACAGUAAAACCUGGUUACGUAAAUACCACCAAAGUCCUCAAGGGACAGAGGAUUCUAGAGGUGGGAUGCGGCGGAGGCUUGCUCACUGAACAACUGGCGCGGCUUGGUGCCCAAGUCACGGGCAUAGAUCUCGGUGAAAAGUUAAUAGAAGCUGCUCGGGGUCACCUCAAGUGCUCCAGUCCGGAACUUUCCAGCAAUGUCAUAUACAAAAUGGAACCCGUGGAUCAGCACGCCAAGGUUAAUUGUGAAAGUUACGAUGCUGUAAUAGUAUCUGAAGUGCUGGAGCAUGUUGACGAUAAAGUUGCCUUGCUAGAGGCCAGUGUGCGAACUCUUAAACCGGGAGGAUCCAUUUUCAUCACCACCCUAAACAAAACUAUACCCAGUUGGGUUGGCGGCGUGAUUCUAAGCGAAUAUGUACUGAAUCUGGUGCCCAAGGGAACCCAUCACUGGGAUAAAAUGAUUUCACCUUUAGAUGUUCAGCGUAUCUUGGACACAAUGAAUUGUCAGACGGUAUUGGUGAAUGGAAGCACUUACGACUUUUGGAGCAACACCUGGCGUUGGAUUAACAACACCCAGAUGUGUUACGCGCUGCAGGCGAUAAAACAACCACUGAGCGAAUCCGUUUCGUAAAUUUUAUUUAACUAGCAGCUAGGUUAAAUGUAUAACAAAUAAGGAAUAAACUAAUCUUCAUCCGAG